AUGCAAGAGGCGCCUUACGGUAAUGCGAGAGAUCCAAAUGGUGAACCUUUUGCAGAACCGUCGGAGCCGUUCAGUCGGGCGCCUUAUGACAAUAACAGCAUUGCGGAACAGACUGCUGCCUCAACUGGGCCUCAAAUUGUGUUACAUCGUUCCGAAGGACUUGAAGAACCCUGGAGACCCGCAAUACAAAGCUCUCAUAGUCUAGGAAGAUCUCACUCGUCGGAGGACUCGUCUUCCCGCGAAAGCCUUGACCUAGAUGCUCCGGCCGUCGGCGAUCCUCCGGACGCUUUCGACAUACCCAAGAGCAUCAAGUGCUUUUUCCAUAUCACUUUCGACGGGUCUACGGCUCCUGUUGUGGCCAACAGCUCGGCCAUUGAUUACACGGACCCCAACAGCUAUCAAGAAGUUGAGAAGAUCGCAUUAGAUCACGCCAGAGGAGCCCACGUGGCUAAACAAAUAAACUUCAAAUAUGGAAAUUGCACGGUCAUUGGCGACCACGUCGAGAAGACUGGUCUCCCACUAACAACCCGGGAGGAUUGGGACGGUGUUUGCGCAAUUCUGGUGAAUUAUUGGAGAUCGGACCCUCAGCGGACACUUCGUGUCGACAUCUUUCGGGACUAUUUCUCCUAUCGCAGUCGAGCCACCAGCGAGGCAUCUUUGGCGGCCACCAAGCGUCAGGAAAUUCAUAGUCUGAUCAAGUACGCUUCGGAAGAUAAGCAGUACAUUCCACGCACGGCUCUCAUGAGGUUCAACUCCCUAGAGAACAUUCGCGAGAUCAUCAUCCAAGACAAUCGUCUGGACAUGGCACCUGAAGAGAAAGAACACUUCAUACAAAUCGUGCACUCAAUUGCCCCCCGGCUACUAGCGCUGUGUGUAUAUGCUAAGUUGAAGAUGGAGUGCCUCAACAUACUUCUGGCAAAACGUUUUAGCGAUGCAAAUCUGCCUCAGCAACGUCAGGACUGUUGUCACGACAAGUGUGCGCCUGAUUUCGCCCUCUUGUUGGGCAUGCGGGGGUGCUUCACGGCGGCUCGAUUUGAUAACGUCGGCGAGCACCAGAAUUUCCAUCGCAGUGAUGUCAUACCAAUAAACUUCAUACCGGUAGAAGAAGACCAAGACGAGAUUAUGAAGGCAGGUCGUCAGAGGGACCUGGAAAAAGGGAUAGGAAACACUUCACGCGUAGCAGACGAGGCUAAGAAGAGUGCGUGCUGUGGAUCAGGAGCCUACUCAAAUGUAUAUCGCGUCAGGAUAGACCCCGACCAUCACAGACUUUUGAAGAACAAAGAAGCCGACUUUGCGCUAAAAGAAUUCAAGGACCGGCCGCCCAGAGUCGACGACGACUUCCAACGGGAGCUGAAAGUCUUAGACGAGCUUAGCAAAUACCCACUUCGACACAUUGUCACGCAUCGAGCGACUUGGACGCAGGAAGGCAGGUACUACAUGUUGUUCCCAUAUGCACAAUGCAACCUACGCCAAUACAUGGAGUGGAUACGAUUUGGUGCUCCAAAAAAGGAGAAUAUAAUGUGGCUCUUACGACAAUUCCGUGGCUUGGCGGAGGCACUCAAAGAUAUUCACAAUUUGUCUGGUGCAGGCGAUUUACAGUCAGCGCCGAAUCUUGUUACUCAUUCUGGAGGUGAUCGGAAAGCGGGAUAUCAUCAUGACCUCAAGCCCGAGAACAUACUUUUCUACAAGGUUUCUGGCAACUUUGAAAUAUCCGACUUUGGGUCUAGCAAAGUACAUACAUAUCGCUCAGGGAGUCAUAAUACUAAAUCGGCUCAUGGAACGCUUACCUAUGAGCCGCCGGAAGCAGCAGGUGAAACAUCACGACCUUACGACGUGUGGUCUCUUGGAUGUGUGUUCCUGGAAAUCCUCAUCUGGGCCGUCUUGGGCUUCCCAUCCGUCAAGAAGUUUGGGGAGGAAAGGGAUGACAGACGCUAUCCUGGAUCCCACGUGAAUAUCGCGAAAGACGACGCCUUCUGGCAGAUGCUUCAGAAUGGGGACAUCAUGGUCCGCAAAUCUGUCGAAAGUUUUACCGAGAUUCUAAGAGAGAAAAUCUUACAGCAAAGGAACCAGCCAUUCAUGAAGGUUUUAGACUUGGUGAUUAAAAUGCUUGACACCGUCAAGGACACACGGAUUUUGGCAUUGGAUGUCUACGAUACUUUGGACAGGAUUUACAAGCAAAAGAAAAUUGACCUGGAGAACGUCAAGGAGGACUCUUUGCCCGACAAUGACGACGCCCAGGAGCUGUCUCCGUAUCUGCCUCGAUUGUCUCUCGACCCCCCUGAUCGUCGCUCUCCAGAACGGACACGGGAAGGAGCUGCCGUGGCUGUCAGAAAUGCUGGUAAUGUUCCUGGAGACUUUCUGACCGCCUCCCCGAUGAAUUCAACCUCACCGCAUUCUCCUCGAGUUUUGCAUGGAUGGAAUAGUUCUGCGAGUGAAUUUGUGGGACGAUCUCGAAACGCUUCUAUCGCAUCCUCAAACAUGAGCACGCAUGGGCGUCACGGAAGCCAUGAUGAACGCAAUUGA